GCUACUGUACUGUGUUGAUAUUCCAACUAUAGCCUUCUUCGGUAGAAUGUUCAUAUGGCCCUCAAGAUCCAAGUAUCAGAGACCAAGAUUGUUCUUCAGAACCUGCUCAUUUGUGCUGCAGUUUUCUACACAGCGUUCUACCUAUUACAUGUCAUUUGUUUUAUAGCACUCAGUUUGGACAGCUUUGAUGAACUGGGGCCUUUCGAUUUUAAAGAAAAUCCAUCUUGGCUAAACAAAAAAUACCUUGCUAAUUUAAUUUCUCUUGAGGCUACCUUUACAAUUUGUGGUCUUAUUUUUGCAUUGGUUGUGGAAGAAUGGAUAUGGGAUUAUGCUUGUACAAUUACUUUAAUCCAUGUUAUUAUAACCUCACUAGUUAAGAUGGAAUUUCCUCUUGAGGCCCACUGGUGGACAUCUCUAGGUAUUGGUUUGACAGCAAUGAUUUGUGAAGGACAAAUCUUGGCCUAUGUGCUGUUCAGACACAACUUUAUCUAUCCAGCCCUGGAUGAUUUCUAAAAAUGAUGCAGGUCUUUCACCACUAAAAAUCAUGUUAUAUUUAAAAGAAGAAAAAAAUGACUUUAAAAUACAUAUAACAUUGCUUUUAAAAAAACGUGUGUGCCUUAUAUUUCUUGUUAUUAAACAAAGAUGUCAGUGAAGUGCGUUCUGUACAUAUGAGCUAGUUUAACAUGAGCAACAUGGUUAUUGAAUAAAGUAUUUACGUUUGUCUGAAAAAAUAUAUAAUAUUGUAUAGUAUCAUUUUGUUUACAAACAAUAGCUGAUUUUUUUUCCUUAUAGUUUAUCAUAACAUUUCCAUUUAUAAUACAGAUGUUUUCAUGUUGCAGGGCUUUUCUACCUAUAGAUUAUUCAAGCUGUUGUUUAACUUGACAUUGCCAGGGUUUACAAUCCCGCCUGACAGCAACCUCUCCCCCCCCCCCCCACCCAACGGGCCACUUGCACCUGCCCACUGCUGCUAGUUUGUGGUAGGCAGCAAAGUUUCAGGUAGGACUGGAGCCCUGUAAACGCGGUAUGCUAUGAAUAGAAUGUCUCUAUGCUAUCAUCUA